AUGGACUCCUCAAACCCCCUUUCUGAUCGCGAGAAGGCGUUCGAGAACAAGUACAUCCACGACAAGGAGAGACAAAUGGCCAAGGAUAGAGCGAACAAGCAGACACAAACAGAGUCCUCCCCCUCCACCAAGGACUCCAGUUCCACACCCAUCGAGCCAGAGGAGGGAGGUGGAGGUACAUACAAGGAAGAGAUUACCAAGCUAGCCGCCAUGCCUUCCUGA